AUGGUUUUGAAAUUUAUUAAGGAAGCAACUUUCCUCUUCAUGAUUGUGCUUGGCACUCUGGGGAACAUUUCUAUUUCUGUGAAUUAUAUGUUCAGUUGGUGGGGAAGCUCCAAGAAGAAACCCAUACACCUUAUUCUCAUCCACUUGGCUUUUACAAGCAUCAUAAUCCUUCUUGCGAAAGGAUUGCCAAAGACAAUGGCAGAUUUUGGUUUAAUAAGCUAUGUAGAUGCCAUAGGAUGUAAGAUUAUUGUUUACCUGGAGAGGGUGGCCCGUGGUGUCUCCAUCUGCACCAGCAGUCUCCUCACUGUGGUCCAGGCCAUCAUCAUCAGUCCAGGAGCAUCCCAGUGGAAGAGGCUCAGACCAAAGUCUGCAUGGUACAUCUUUCCAUUCUUUUCAUUAUUUUGGGUGCUCAGUGCUUUAAUAGGUAUGAAACUAAUCCUUUCCAUCACAAGUACAAGCCUGAAUAUAUCACAGUUAAAGAGUGACAGUAACUGUUAUUUUAUACAAGAAAGUCAGAAAACAAAAUGGAUUGUUUUCCCUCUCAUGGUGCUGAGAGAUGCUGUGUUUCAGGGAGCCAUGGGAGGGGCCAGUGGCUACAUGGUACUUCUUCUCCAUAAGCACCACCAGCAUGUCCUCUACCUUCAGAACUCCAAGUGUCUCUACAGAACUCCCCCUGAGCUGAGAGCUGCUCAGAGUGUCCUCCUUCUGAUGAUCUGUUUUGUUUUCUUCUAUUGGACAGAUUGUGUUGUUUCUCUAUUUUUAAGUCUCUCUUUAGUGGACAAUUCCUUGAUGGUAAAUAUUCAAGUAUUUAUGACUCUGGGUUAUGCAACAUUUAGCCCCCUUGUGCUGGUUCACAGGAAUGGGCUUCUGCCUGAGGACUACUACCUGGAGGUGUGGAGACUAUCCAAAUGUUUGUCAUACACAUACUUUUCUCAUGGACCUUAUCCUCACCCACGUGGCUUUUUCUAUUAUGAUUGUUAUUCAAUGACACGAUGUUUUAUUUCAGAAACUUCCUGA